AUGACAUCCGCUAAAAAGGAAUUCGAAAAUGUUUUUGCCAUACUCACUGAAGACUUCUUAGCUUUAGCGAAUUCUCGAAAACUUCCACAAAAUGCAAUUGAAUGGAUUAAGAAGAACAUGGGUCAUAAUGUUUUCGGAGGAAAAAUGAAUCGUGGUAUGUCCGUAGUUGAUUCUUUGCAGAUUUUGAAGGAUGGUAAAGCUUCCGAUGAUGAACUUUUCAAGGCGAGAGUUCUCGGAUGGUGUGUGGAAUGGCUACAAGCCUUUUUUCUCGUUGCUGAUGAUAUUAUGGAUUCUUCUAUUACACGCCGCGGAAAUCCUUGUUGGUAUAAAAUGGAGGGAGUUGGUACUAUCGCAAUUAAUGAUUCGUUCAUUUUGGAAUCUUCAAUUUUUUUCUUUUUGAAAAAAUAUUUCCGUAAAGAAGAAUAUUAUGUUGAUUUGUUAGAAUUAUUUCAUGAGGUCACAUUAGACACUGAAUUUGGCCAACUACUUGAUUUGAUAACCGCACCCGAGAAUAAUGUUGAUUUGAAUAGAUUUUCUAUGGAAAAGUACAAAUUUAUUGUGUUGUAUAAAACUGCAAUCUAUUCAUUUUAUCUUCCAGUUGCAAUGGCUAUGCAUAUGGCAGGUAUAAAAGACGAAUUAGCAUUCCGAAAAGCAAGGGAGAUUUUGCUACCAUUGGGAGAAUAUUUCCAAAUUCAAGAUGACUACCUUGAUUGUUUUGGUGAUCCAGUUGUGAUCGGAAAAAUUGGAACAGAUAUUGAAGAUAAUAAAUGUUCUUGGUGUAUUAAUCAAGCUUUGAAAAUGGCAUCACCUGAGCAACGUAAACUUUUGGACAAACAUUACGGUAAAAAGAAUCCUGAAGAUGUUUCAAUUAUCAAACAAAUUUAUAAGGAUUUGAAUCUUGAAGGAGUGUAUAGAGAAUAUGAAGAAAAUUCUUAUGCAUUUUUGACUGGAUUGAUUUCUCAACUGGAUGAAAAUGUUAUAAAAAAGGAUAUAUUUUUGGAAUACAUGAAAAAGAUUUAUAAAAGAACAAAGUAA